CUAAUUGAACCACCACACCACGACCACUUCUCCGAUCACUUUGGUCCGACGACAUAUCUUUCUUUCUCACUGCCGUUUAUGUAUGCAGAAGAUAUAUAGGAUCGAUGAUCUCGGUCCCAAGCCAGUGAAAUAGUGCUCGAUCUUGUCUUGACCAUCGUCCGGUCGGCCAGCCAUGGGGUCGUCUCGCCGGCGCGCGCUCCUCCUGCUCCUCGCCGCCCUCCUCGCCUCCUCCUUGUGCGCCGGCUCGGCGGCGGAGCCGCUGGCCGCCGAGCGGACGCGCCGGAAGGACCCCCUCGACGGGCUCCGGCCCUACCACCGCGGCUGGAACAUCAGCGACCGGCACUACAUCGCCUCGGUGGCCUUCAGCGCGUCGCCGGUGUUCGCGGCCGGGGCCGUCUGGUUCGUCGGCUUUGCGCUCGCGGCGCUGGUGGCCUGCUGCUGCCGGUGCUGCCGCGGCAGCCCCACCAGGGACGACGACUACUCCUACUCGCGCAAGACCUUCGCCGCCUCCCUCCUCCUCCUCCUCGCCUUCACCGCCACCGCCAUCGUCGGGUGCGCGGUGCUGUACGACGGGCAGGCCAAGCUGGACGGCAGCACGUCGGGGACGCUGCGCUACGUGGUGCGCCAGUCGGACGGCGCGGCGGCGAGCCUCCGGGGGUUCGCCGGGUUCAUCGAGACGGCCAAGGCCUCCGGCGGCGCCGCCAUGCCGCGCGACCUCGGGGCCAAGGUCGACCAGGUGGCGAGCAGGGUGGGCGCCGCGGCCGACGAGCUCGCCGCGCGCACCGCCAGCAACGCCCGCAAGAUCCGGACCGUGCUCGACACCACAAGGAAGAUCCUGAUCGGCGUCGCGGCCGUGAUGCUGGUGCUCGCGUUCCUGGGCCUCGUGUUCUCGUUGGCUGGCCUGAGCUCAGUCGUUCGCUUCCUAGUGUUUCUGGGAUGGAUCCUCGUUACCGCAACGUUUAUACUCGGUGGCGUUUUCCUUCUCCUGCACAACGCGGUGGGCGACACCUGCGUGGCCAUGGAGGAAUGGGUGCUCCGCCCGCCGGACAGCAGCAACAGCACCGCGCUGGACGACAUCCUCCCGUGCGCCGACGCGGCGGCGACCUCGGAGGCGCUGCGCCGGAGCAAGGAGGUGAACCACCAGCUGGUGGCCACCCUCAACGACGUGCUCGCCAACGUCUCCAACGCCAACGCCUUCCCGCCGGGCGCCGGCCCGCCCCUCAACUACAACCAGUCGGGCCCGCCGGUGCCGCUCCUCUGCAGCCCCUAUCGCGCCGACCUCUCCGACCGCCCCUGCGCCGCCGGCGAGGUGCCGGCCGCCUUCGCGCCGCAGGCGUGGCGGGGCCACGUGUGCCAGGUGUCCGGCGCGCCGGGACAAUCACAGGAGACGUGCGCGACGCCCGGGCGGCUCACGCCGUCGAUGUACGCGCAGGCGCUGGCCGUGGCGAACGCCAGCGCGGGGCUGGUGGACUACGGGCCGGCGCUGGCGGAGCUGGCGGACUGCACGUUCGUGCGGCGGACGUUCGAGGCCGUGGUGGCCGACGGCUGCCCCGGGCUGCGGCGGCACAGCGGCAGGGUGUACCGGGCGCUGGCGGCCGUGGCGGUGGCGGUGGCGGCCGCCGUGGUGGCGUGGGUGGUGCACACCAGGGAGCGGCGGCGGCGGCGCGAGGCCGUGCGGUUCCGGGUGUCGCCCUACCGGCUCCCCAUCGAGGACAAGUCGCUGCUCAAGAGCCCCCGGCGGCCGUACCGGCGCGCCGAGAGCGGCGGGCUCAUCGGCAAAGGCGGCUGGUGAUCCGAUCCGGCGGUGCAUCGUGACAGAUAGGCGGCGGCCACGUAGUUAAAAGCAAGCGCAGAGCUGGACGCUGGCUGCUCUGGAACACGUACGGGAGUUUCACUGCAGUCAGCGGCCCAAUUCCAGUUCAGUUCAGACACAACACAGCUCGGGUCUCUGCGACAGCGAAACCACAAUUUCGAGGAGUAAUCAGACUCCAUCGAGAGCAAAAACAAUUUAUGUGAACCUCACCAAACCGGGCGUAGAUUUAUACGUUUGGAUUUGUGUAUAUAUAUAAUUAGGUGUACUAGUACCACCAAGCGAGUUCUACCUUCAAAAUAAAGAGAGUUCUUGUAUGGCUCGAA